CGGGUCAUGGCGGUGGCUUAUCAUCAGGGCAAUGCCUACUAUGAAGACGACAGCAUUUGUGACCAAGACACCCUACCUAGAGGGAUGGUGUUUCAAAACGAUAUGGGGAGUGCUCAGGAGGAGUUGUGUGCAAUGCACAAACCCAUCAUCUCAACCCAGGUGACACACAAGUACAUCACAUCUGACAGAGAGCCUAAAACCAGCUGUUGCUGUCAGAGAGGACUGUUGUAUUACUCCGUUAUCGUGUUGAACCUACUAUACGCAUGCACUGGACAGUGUUACGUCUGGACCUCCCCAACCCUCCCAUAUCUGCAGUCUGAAGACUCCUUCCUCCCUAUCUCCAAGGUGCAAGGAUCCUACAUAGCCUCCCUGUUCGUGGCGGGAGGUGUCCUAGGGGCGUUCUGUACACGACCCCUGGCAGACACCUUGGGGCGACGAGCCACCCUGAUCCUCUGCAGCUGUGUCAUCCUCGCCUCCUGGGGUCUACUGUGGGCCGCCCCGUCCCUCGCCCUCAUACAGCCCCAGUACGCCCUUUGGGGUAUCUACAUCGCCAGAGUGGUUGCUGGUGUCGCUGUAGGAGUUAUUUACUCCAUCGCUCCUAUUUACACUGCUGAGAUAGCUGAUGACAAAAUCCGAGGCUCCCUCAACUCUUGGCCGUUGUUCUCCAGGAGUGUGGGCUACGUGUCCGUGUACGUGAUCGGACCUUACACCUCCUACCGAACCCUGACCAUGGUGGGGGCCGGGUCUACCCUGGUGUGUCUCAUGUUGUCUCCCUGGCUGGCAGAGUCCCCUCACUACAGCAUCAGUAGAGGACACUACCACAGAGCUGUAGACACAGUGUUACGGUUGCGAAGAGGGUUGUCUCGACUAGGGGCUGAGAAAGAAGUCAACUCCAUUCAAGAAUAUAUAAACAAGUCAUCCUCCAGUGUACUAAAGUCAUUCAAAGAUUUGUGUGGCACUAGAGGCAAUAUUAGAGCUCUUUACCUAAGUGGGGGACUUCUGGCUUUCCAGCAACUUAGCGGAGUCACAGUAAUCAUCAUGUACACGGAGCCAAUUUUCCAAGAGACAGGAGUGUCUACAGCUAUGGCUAGCCAGUCUGCCAUCUUGGUUGGUUCUACUAUGAUGUUUUCUGCUACUCUAGUCCCACGCUUUGUCAAACGCUGGGGCUUCAUCUUCCCAAUGAUUGUAUCUGCCCUUGGGUCUGCAAUAUUUGUUGGUCUCCUUGGCUUGUACUUCUUCCUCAAGGCAAGUGAGAUUGACGUUGCUCCCAUAAGUUGGCUUCCAGUCACCACUUUGUUCCUCUACACCAUCAGCUAUACCAUGGGUAUUGGUACACUACCUUGGGCAGUGAUGGGUGAAAUGUUCCCUUCCAAUACAAAAUCACUAGCAGCUGGAAUCCUGACAGCUUUUAAUUUUUUCUUGGGUUUUUUGACUUCAUUCUUUUUUGUAGAGAUGAAUCAAUGGGUGGGUAUCCACUGGUCAUUCUGGAUGUAUGCGGCAUUCUGUGCUUCAGCCGCACCUUUCACAAAGUUUCUCCUUCCAGACACUAAAGGCUUAUCUCUGGAUCAGAUACAACAGAUUGUAAACCGACCGUGGAACUGCUGUAGAUCUAUCAGUAGAGAUACAGUAGACAGAAUUUGAUUACUUAACCUACUAUGAAGUACAAAUGAAAUCUAUACCUGAGGAAUGGGGUUAUGGGUAAAUGAAUCAGACAUUCAGAUAUUCAGACAUUCAGACAUAGAAUAGUAUAAAAGUGUUUACGGUUCUGUUCCUCAGUACUAUAUUGACAGAUGAAUUUAGGUUAGUAACAUAAUGUGUUACGAACAAUGAUUAUAAAAGCAUGAAGGUUGUGUGUAAAUUAUUGUCCCCAGCAAGCUCCAGUAACAGUGCUGUAGUUAAGCUAGUUAAAACUAAAUCUUGGCGUUUUUAAUUUCCUUCAGUACCAUUCUAUAGCCAGUCCCCAUCUCCCUGCCAUCAUUAACGGCUUCUACCACAACAUUGAAUACAGCAAAGAAGCCAUGAUUGCUUAGAAAUAGAAUAGUAUUUUGAAGGAAGGAAAAAACUUGGAGUUGGUGUUAGAUUGGUCAUUGGUACCUAAUUCCAUCACAACAGGAGCUUAAGGAUCUCGUUAGAGAUCUUAAUUUACAAGACAAUCCUUAAUUAUAAUUGUCUAGCACAUCUCAGGUUUAUAUUUUGUGUUCUCCAAUUAUAUGACUCAAUUAUGUCAAUAUUUUAACGUUGAUGUCUACUGAUGGUAAAGCUCUAACGUGCAUGGUUACUUAGUCACAGAUUUAACACAAAAGGUACCAUGUGUAUCUGAGAGACUUUCUUCCUAUGGAACAAGAAGUACAAAUUUAAUAACUGUGAUGCAUUUUGUAAGCCACAGGUUAAAAUUUUGUUCUUCCCUAUGUGUGUUUUCCUGAGAAAACCUAAAAAGGGAAGCAGAGGUAAAUAUUUUUGUAAAAUUGGUAACACAUUAAAUGUCAAAUUUCUUCAUGUCUGACGUAUUUUAAAAGAUUUUCAUUACAGUUUUCACAUAUUGCAGUUAAAAUAUCUACACUACUAAAUCAUAAUUAUGCAUGUAAGUGAAACAUAUACAUUUUAAGCUUUUAAUCUUGCAGUGAUUAACUUUGAUCUUGCAUUAAAUGCUGUUUACUUCAAAAGUAAAAAGAAUAUCCUGUUACUUUAGUGAGUAUUUUAUUUCAAUGGGAAUCUAAAAAUUAAAAGAAUGUUAUAGACAGAUUAAAAUACAUAGUUAAAUUUGAGUGUAUAGUAUGGUAGUUUCUUGAAACUUCCAUUCAAGGGUAUUUAUUCUAUUUGAAUAUGGUGAGUGAGGAAAAAUAUAUUUCUGUUAAGGUAAAGUAAGUAAUUUAUAUUUUUUAUGAUUUAUACUAACCUAUUCUACAUUGUAAAUAUUAAAACUGUAGAUUUUAAGGGCCAAGGUAAAAUCUUUGUACCGUAUAUUUCAAAAGUAUAGCCUAUGGCAUGAUAAAUGAAAUACUUAUAAUAUUUUAAUUAAAACACUAAAAGUAUUUAGUACUUAUUUACUUGUGGGUGAACCCAAAAAUUUAAA